CAGCCGUGGUCAGUAGUAGUAGAGAAAAGGAGAAAGUUGAAGCUUGAGAGACGUUUCUUUUUUUUUCACUUUUAGGAUUUGGAACAUCUGCUGCUGCGUCUUCUCCAGCACACAGGCGGUAACUUGACGGGAUUUUUUCCCAUUAAAUUGCUUUUGUCACCUGCAUCAGACCAACCUCAGAACAUCUCCACGGGCACUGACUCUAUCAUCUCUCUCUCUCUCUCUCUCUCUCUCUCUCUAUCUCUCUCUCUUUCUUUCUUUCUUUCUUUCCUGCUCGCCUUUUCUUUUCCUUCUCCUCCUGCCUAAUAACGAUGGAUUAUCAGAAACCGGAUGGAAACAGAUGAAGAACGAUUGAGAUCUGCAGCGCGGCUGUUUUCCCUUUUUCUUUUCAAAAAGAAGCCUUUCGAAGCAGGCGUCAGCUCCGGCAACAGUUCAAGCUGUCCUGAUCAGCUCGCGCCACAAUAACAGGCUGCCAUCUGACAGAGAUACAGUGCGCAGGCUCUCCCAGCGCUGCUCGCCAGCAUCAGACCCCCAGAGCAACGCACAGUUGGACACUCGGACAACACAUACCAGGUUUGGCUGCGGAGAUCAAGCAGAACGUUUCGAGUCGACAAGAAGACAAGUUCUCCUCUCGGAACAUUAGUCAGUAGGAGAACUGCUGCUUUGGGUCUCUAGUUUUUUCCUCCGCUGAACUCUCCUCCGAAGGUUAGAGGAGCAUGUAACUGAAACAAGUGGAGCCCUCGGUGAUUUGAGCAUUCUGUCUCCCCCAUCUGUGCCUACAUUCUCUGCUACAGAUAGGGACGUUUUUGAUAAUUACAUAUAAUUAUAAUUUCUGUGGGAGACAGAUCUGCCUCUGUCUAACACCUCCAACACAAUCACUUCACACAUUUACAUAUUUCUCAACAAAAGUGAUAUUCUUUGAACCUCUGAGACAAAUCAAGAAUAAUUUUUACUUAAAGAGACAUGUCACAGGGAGACGCGCUGUGUCAUUCAUUUCAUAUCUUAUGAGUGAUUUUGUGCCUGAGAGCUGAAUGCAGAGCGUUUAAAAACCAGCGACAUCUGCCUCGUUUUGCAAUGUGCUUCACAGGCCGGGAAUCGUUCCCUUGGUUUAUGCUUACUCCUGAUUUUCAGUUGUUACAGUCUUCUAGCACUUAAGCUGAGCCUGGCUCAUUAUCACCCCCGUCCCAAUCACAGUAACACUAUGUGCCAGGCGAGUACGGAUGCACAUUAAUCCGACAACAGAAAAGAUUGCGAUAAAGUACAUAGUGUAUCUAUAGAUGUGCUCAGGAGAGGGGAACACGGAGAUAAGUCCCUGCUAAAGAGAAACCAGGCCCCAUUAACGGACAGCGGUGCAGACGGUUUUAUUUCAAUUCGAUUGUUUACAAUGCAAAAAAAAUUAUGAAAAGAGUUGUAGAUUCAUUUUUUCCAGAAAAUAAUCUCUCACAUCUUAAACAAGUGCCAAUUCUGAAUGUAUGCAGUGCCGAACUGAAAUAGUCAUCGAGGAGUGAACAAAAUAGAUAACUGUUUACAUUUGACAAAGCAUCGGCCAUAGACUAUUGUGGAAGUGCCACAGUCAGCCCAGGAAUGUAUGGGACUGCCAUAUUUUAUUAAAAAAUACUUGCUAGUGAUUUCUACUGGGCUUUGUGCUCACAAGAUAUAUUUCCAUUCAGCACAGAGCGUCAGACACAUGUCGUGUUGCUCAGUGGGACGUGCAGAAGAAGACGUUACAGACUAAAAGCAUGACGAGUUUUGUCUUCAGCUUGUCGUCUUUACAGAGCUGCAUCCAUUUUAGUGCUGUGGACUCGAGAGGUGCUCCUGAUGAAGUCAUUACACAGUUCCUUUCCAGCUGUAAAUUAAAACAGUUUUAAUUCAACUGUUCCUACGAACUGAUUUUGAUAGUGUUCCAUUUUGUACUGUUCCUGGCCUAUUCUCCUAUUACAUAAUAUAAACACCCAAAACAAAACCACCUUUUUUUCAAAUUUCUCAUCGGAACCUCACUGAAUGAAACUACUGAUACGCUAUCAAUAUUCAGAAGGUUGUGCAUGCUUCCUGAAUAUUUCACAUGGCAUUCUAGUGGGUUAAGCUGCACAAGCGGAUACAGCGUUGUAACUGCAUUGACUCAACAACAGAAAAUAGAUCUCUUAGUCAUGUAAAAAUGACGCCCACCACCAAUCUCCGAGUCCUCGCUGUCUCCCUGCUCUCCCUCCUUACUGCCCCAAUUACCACUGUUGCGGAGACCUCUCCGUCCUUCCCUCCUGAGCACACAGACCCCUCAGGCAGGCCGUUCACAGAGGAGCCCAUGAGGGGCCCCAGCCCCUCGCUCCUGCUCCUCGCCAUCCAGGCCAAUCUCAGGCCAGCUGCUCUCCAAGGCAGGACCAAAACGGCUGAGACAUUUCCAGAGACCUCAGAGGGAGUUCUCGAGGCGCCUCCAAGGCCCCUGCCCCAGGUCAUGUUACCCAAGACUGUGACUACAGCGAAGAACGCCCUUGCUCCUCCCUUAGGCGCAGCCCUGAUACCGCACCCUCGACCACAGCUGAUGGAUGGAUGGAUGGAUGUAUGUCGGGGGUAUUACGACGUGAUGGGACACUUUGACACCGCCUUCAACUGCUCCAAGGACAGCUUCGUGGUCUGCUGUGGAACCUGCCACUACCGGUUCUGCUGUCCAGAGCGUACCCGACAACUGGACCAGGCCAGCUGUCGAAACUAUGACUCUCCAGACUGGGCCAAGCCACAGACAGACACCAUGGAUUUAUCAGAUGAGCUACCCGACCCAGACUUCGAUCCGCUGAAGCAACAGAGCCACAACACCGGCUUCGUCAUCGGCGGCGUGAUCGUGUUCAUGGUGGCGGUCGCUGUGGGCAUCAAGGUGGUCUUCAACAAGGUGCAACAGGAGGCCAACCAGAGGGACCUCAACAUGCCCAGAGCCCUGGUUGACAUGUUGCGGCACCAGUCCAGUCCGGUUCAGCAGGAUGAGAGGAACAACAGCGUGGCUCUGACUGUGGGGGACGGACAUGGGACGCUGGGGAGAGCUCCAAAAAAUCUUUAUGCCCCAGGACUUCCCACCAAGGACAACAGAUUGGGCAAUUUGCAGCACAAUUUCAUCCAAUCGUCAGGCUCCAGUCCCAAACACACCGCAACCAUCGAGCGCACCCCGCGGAUGAACAAUGCUCAGCUGGCAGCUGGGGGCACCCUGCUCUCCAGUAAACACAACAACACCAAAUCCCAGCCGUCCUUCCACCACUCCCUGCACAACCUGGCUCAGCUGCCUCCCUCCUAUGAGAGCGCCACCAAGCCAGAGCUCAACAGAUACUCCUCGCUCAAACGCCUCGAAAAAGGUCUUGAUGAGUACUCGUCUGGUUACUGCACCACCAAGCGCCGGCCUCACACAGCCCAGCCGGCCCUCCAGUCUUCCCAGCAUCACCUCCACUGGGGGGGAGACUACACCCUAGGUGGAAGAGGAACCCUCCCCAGGCACGCAGCUCGCCCAUGGAUCCCACCGCAGCCAUCUGGUAUGCCUGCCUCACCUACCCCCAAUCCUUACCCCUUGGAUCCCCCGGAACCACAGUACAUCAACUCCAACUACGACACUCUGUCCAAACACCCAAGAAAAGUAAAGUCCAGUGAUCAGCUGCUCAACAUGGGGGACGUCCCUGGUAACACAGGGACUCUGUCCCGGCUGUCCAAGAACCAGCAACACCAGUAUUACAAAGCCAUGGUGGCCUCCAAUAAGAACUCAAACACACAGACCCUCACCCGCAAGGCCCAGGACCGGCAGGAGCGACAGGAUAGACAGGAGCGGCUGCUCAUGUCACCAGACCACCUGGAAGACAGGAUGGGGGUUGGUGGUAUGGGUGUUGGGGAUCCAUACGCCCACACAGGGGGCAACGUCCCCACGCUGCCUCGCCAGCAGAAGGCCCAGUCCCAGCAGAACGUCUGCGCCACACCCUCCCUGGACCGGCACCACAUGAUCAAGAUGAACUCUCACCCCACGUCCGGAAGGGAGCAGGAGAGGAACGCGCCGAUGACGGGCCACAUGAGCGGGGGCAUGGGCUGGGCAGGGGAGACGCCCGGGGCGGGGGUGGUCAUGGGAACGGGAACACUAGGGGGCCACAGCGCCAGGAGGAUGGCGUUUGCAGCGAAAAGGCAGAACACCAUCGAGCAGCUACAUUUCAUCCCGGGUGGGGGCGGCGGGGGGUCAGGAGGAAGUGGGGGAGGCAGUCAGGGGAUCAGAACAGGGAGUAAAAACGAGGUGACGGUGUGA